AUGAUUGAAUUUCGAACGGAGGGAUUCAAUGGAUGCGGAGUCAAAUAUUCACCUUUUUUUGACUCGCGCCUUGCUGUCGCUGCUUCGGCCAAUUUCGGACUUGUUGGAAAUGGACGGUUCUACAUAUUCAAUCUCACAGCACAGGGUAUUGUGCCGUUGAAAUGGUAUACGACACAAGAUGCUCUGUACGAUCUUGCCUGGUCGGAGGUUCACGAAAACCAAGCCGUCGUAGCAUCUGGCGAUGGGAGCAUAAAGCUUUUUGACCUGACUCUCGAUGAAUUCCCUGUUCAAGCGUGGAAGGAGCAUACUCGAGAGGUGUUUGCUGUUCACUGGAAUCUAGUUGCCAAAGAUAGAUUUUGCUCCAGCAGCUGGGACGGCACAGUCAAGAUCUGGACCCCGGAACGGCCGACAUCUCUACUUACCCUACCCACACAUAGUUGCACGUAUUCGGCUGCCUUUUCACCCCAUUCGCCAGAUAUUGUUUCUUGCGUUUCUUCAGAUUCAUACGUUCGCGUCUUCGAUCUACGAACUCCCGCAUCGGCAUCGAAUCAUCUCACCAUCCAAAUCCCCAUCCAUGGCUCCAGCCAAAUACCCAUGCUCCCAAAGACUGGCCUAACCCAAAAUCUGGCUACUUCUACACCAUCAGAAGCGCUUACUCAUGACUGGAAUAAAUAUCGAUCUUCUGUACUUGCAACGGGUGGUGUUGACAGAACGAUUCGGACAUUCGACAUUAGAGCUCCUCAACAAGGACCCCUUUGCGCUAUGCUUGGGCACGAAUAUGCUGUUCGUAAAGUAGCAUGGUCCCCGCAUCUUUCUCAUGUUUUACUGAGCGCCGGCUAUGAUAUGACAUGCCGUGUUUGGACGGACGGCUCUGACGUUGCACUCCCUGGAAUGGAUGCGGAUACUAUGAGAGCUGGUCCAGCUUCUACAAUGGGUAGGGAGCUGGGGCGCAUGGGUAGACAUACAGAAUUUGUUACUGGUGUCGACUGGUGUUUGUUUGGCAGUGAAGGCUGGUGUGCUAGCUGCGGUUGGGACGAGAGAUUAUGCGUCUGGGAUGCGAGAGCUUUUAUGGCAUAA